CAACAGCAGCAGCAGCAUGGAAGACCGCAUGGCCGCGCUCUCGGUCGGCGACCAGAUCAGCGUCCUCUUCUUCAUCGCAGGCCACUACCAGCGCUUCACGGUGCGCGCGGGCAUGAAGGUCAGCGACGUCAUUGCGGCCAUGGCCAACGUGCUCAGCACCAUGCACCCCGAGGCCGAGGUACCCGUCUUCAACGCGAUCCGCAACAACAAGACCGCGCGCUUCGUCGCGCUCAACGACUCGGCCAUCCGCGCCCUCGAGCCCGAUCAGAUGUACGACAUUGUGUACACGGACAAGGCGGCCAAGGUGCCAUUGCCGCCGCCGUCGAGCGUCGACCCGACCCUCGAGUUUCAGAUUGUCUUUUACAGCAACCCGCUUGGCAUUACCAUCAAGCCCAUGGGCGACCGGUACGUUGUCGCGACGAAGAAGAAGAGCUUGGACUGCUACCGGCGACUGGUCGUGGGCAUGGAAGUCGUGAGCUGCGGCGGCGUUGCGCUCGCCGGCGUCGACUUUCGUGAGCUCCACUCGAUCAUGGCCAACUCGACGUUCCCGCUUACGAUGCGCUUCCGCGCGGCCAUGAGCGACCGACAUGCACACGAGAUGGGCGACGAUGCCAUGGAGGGCAACCAAGCGUCCGAGCGACAACGAGCCGUCGACACGUUCAACAUGCCCGUGCCCGUCAUCUACAACGACGAUAGUUCCGUGCACAGCAUGCGUCGCCGCAUCAAGGACGCCGAGUCGACGACGUCGUACCCGUCGUCGUUGCCGCCGAUGCGCCCGUCCUCGGCAGUGCCCGAUCUUCUCGAGAAGGAAGCCCGCCUCGAAGAAACCCUCAAGAGCCUCCAAGAGGCGUUCUACAAGAAGAAGAAGGAGCUGGACGAAAUCGUCGAGCGCAUUGGCCAGUACUCAAGCCAGCUCUCGAACGUGCGAGCGACGAUGGGCAAGGCCGGUGCCGACUCCCACGCAUCGCCCAACACGCUCACGCAGGAAAUGCUGCGCAAGAUGGACAGCGCCAAGACGCCACUCCCGCGCAAGAAGGGGCCGGCCUCCGUCGUCUCCAACUCGUCGUCGACGUCGGCGCGCUCGACCGGGUCGUACGCCCGCCACAUGCAUCCGUACCAGCCGGCACCCGCCAAACCGUCGUCGCGCAUCCCGACCAAGCCUGCGAUGUCGUCGGCGGCCUCUGUCUGCUCGCUCACGUCGACGUGCUCGAUCGACCGCAUGGCGUUCAAGAAGCCGCGGCCAGCCUUUCCCGGCAAACCGGGGGCGGCCGGCGUGCGCAAGACGCCAACGACGACGCCGUCGGACGCGCGCCGGGCCAACGCGGCCAACACGAACGCCUUCUCCAACACGUUUCCAAGCUCGUUCUCGACCAAAGGCGGCCUUAUUUCGCGCGCGCAGACGCCCCGGGGCGCGUUCUUGGUGCCCAAGACCAACACCCCGGGCGUCGGGCACUACGACGUGAAAGACCUCUCCAAGAACAUCAAGGGCGGCGAGAUUGGCGACUCGGACCGCGAUUUGCACUGGGCCUAACGGAUUUGUCUGCCUCGUGGUUGUAGUAGGAUGAUGAUGAUUAAGCUUAUAUAUGUCGACGAUAAAUAGUUGGCGUC